UUGAGCUGCUUCUGCCUCGUAAAACCGGGUUUUUUACACGUAGUUUAAGAUGAACUCCAAGUCAAACGGGGAAAAGGACGAAGAUCAAUUGUUUCUCGAACAGUUGUUGGACAAGUUCUAUGAGUUUGAUAAUGGACCUGCAUCAAAAAAGAAGCUCAAGAAGAAGAAAAGAAACCGGCGUGAGGAAGAAGAGGAGGAGGAAGAUCAGUUCACUGCAGUGAAGGAUAUUUGCGUUGACACUAAAGAUGAGCAAGCAACAAAUACUGUCACUGAACAACAACAACAACAACCACAGACAGGUGCAGCCGUCCGGCAGGCGAGUCCGGUCGAGGUCGUGACUUAUCAAGAUUACAGAAAGAAACUGAAGACCAGUCAGACGCCAGCUUCAGACAAAACACCCGCUCCUCAGAUCCCGGAGAAGACUCAAAGCGACCCCAUGGAAGAAAUCAAUUUAGAAAAGGCUCGGCUGGAGGUCCAUCGGUUCGGAAUCACCGGAUAUAAGAAGGAGCAGCAGCGUGUUUUUGAGAAGGACAGAGCCAUCAUGCUCGGAGCCAGACCUCCUAAGAAAGACUACGUCAACUACAAGCUGAUGCAGCGACAGAUUAAGGAGAAGAAGCAGAAAGCCAAAGAGGACGUUCAGCCGUCUGACUUGAAGAAAAAGAAGAAGAUAAAUAAUCAGAGGGACAGGAAGAAGGCGUCGUCCAGCUCGGGCGCCGGCCCCUCGGGUCAGAUGGGGCGCUUUAAGGACGGGCUGCUGGUCCUGAGCUCCAAGGAGAUCAAGACAAUUAAAGGCAACAAGAGAAGCAAAUAGGUUGGUUCUUGUGCUUCUGCUGAGAAACUGAAGCACAAGGAUGACGAGGAAAUGGACGAGAGCUGCUCCUGAUGUGACCCGGGAGGUUGAUUCCCUGACGUGUCGCUGGUCUGCGGUGGAAACACGGCGACGGCCCGACUGGCGACCGACUGCUGAGUCAGAAAUCAGAUCUAUCGAUUCCCCCUGAAACAGAGCCUGA